AUGGCGACGGACAACAACGAGUGGCUCGGUGCCUACGCGAUGUACUUCUUCAUUUCGCUGACCAUGUUUAUGGCCUUCGUCUUGCUGCUCGAGUCCCUCGUGACGAUCGUCGUGCUGGUGAGGAACCACGUGCUCAGGGACAUGAACUGCGCCCAGUUCAUCGGCAACAUGGCCGUGUGCAGCAUCGGCAUCGCGGUCAUUCUCUUCACGUGGAUGGUCGUCAAGCUCACGACCAGCGGGAAGUACAGCUGGUGGCGGUGCCUCACCUUCAAGAUCUCCGUCCGCUUCCUGCACACGGUGACGGUGUUCAACCUGUGCUGCCUCUCCCUCGACCGCUACCUCUUCAUCUGCUGGCCGCUGCACUACCACCAGCUGCUCACGCCCCGCCGCUGCUCCCUGCUCGUGGCCGCCUGCUGGCUCGCGGCGGCCGGCGUGCUCGGCCUGCCCGGCCUCCCGGCGCUCGACCUGUGCCCGCAGCGCGGCGACAGGUUCCGGGUCAGCAAGGAGGUCAUGAUCAGCUACAUCAGCGUGUACGGCGUGUCGGUGGUCGUGGUGGUGGUCUUCUACCUGCUGGUGGCCAGGGAGGUGUCCGUGGCCCUGGUGGGCGUGCGGGCGGACCAGCUGCGGGCGCGGAGGAAGACCAGGCAGAGCAUCUUCACCGUCGUCUUCAUCCAGCUGGUGCUGUCCGCGCCCGACACUUCAUAG